CAUACGCCAUAUUAUUUCAACUUACACGAGUGCUUCUUUUUCUUUUUCUUUUUUUUCCUUCAUCAUUCCCUUUAUAAACACUUAUAUUUUACCUCUCCCUUUUCUCUCCUUCUUCAUCCAACUCUCUCUAAUUUCUCUCUUCCUCUUUUUUGGUUCUAUAAUAUGAACCUUCAUUGCUUCAAUCAUGCCCUUCAAACUCAUCCUAUGCUUCAAAAUGUUGCCUUGAUGCCCCCCCCUCCUCCUCCUCCGCCAUCGAGCGACGAUCAUCCCUUCCCGACGUCGUGGGAGAUUGGUAAAGGGGAUCAUCAAAAUCCAGAGAAAGAAGAAGGAGAUGAUAACGACGACGAUGGAAACGUCCUUGUUACUUAUCAUGGUGGUGGUGGUCCCAAAAAUAACGGUGGUCGCCGUCACAUGAAGCUUUGUGCUAGAGGUCAUUGGAGACCCGCGGAAGAUACUAAGCUUAAAGAACUCGUCGCUCAGUAUGGCCCCCAAAAUUGGAACCUGAUUGCUGAGAAUCUCCCUGGCAGAUCAGGGAAAAGUUGUAGAUUGAGAUGGUUUAAUCAAUUGGAUCCAAAGAUAAACAGGAAGGCAUUCAAUGAAGAAGAAGAAGAGAGACUUUUAACAGCACAUAGAUUAUAUGGAAACAAAUGGGCCAUGAUUGCUCGUUUGUUUCCUGGUAGAACUGAUAAUGCUGUAAAGAAUCAUUGGCACGUGAUUAUGGCUAGAAAACAUAGACAAUACUCCAAUCUUUACCGAAGAUCCACAAGAAAACCUCCUCCUCUUCCUCCUCCUCGUCAUAAUGUCGACGAAAAGCUCGACAUUAAAACCGUUCCAAAAAAUAACGUGUCCAGUGAAUCCACCAUCUCUAGUACGAUAGAUGAGCCGGCCGCUUCCGCUUCCGCCUCCGCAUCCACCGCCACCGCCACCCAUCUUUCUCUCUCCAACGCAUCCUCUCUUUACUUCUCCUCGGCUUUCGGUCUCCACCUCACUCCCAGAUGGUGUAGCAGGAAAGGAGUGACAGGGGGCAGCACGGGGAGGCUUCGGUAUCGGGCGGAUCAAUCGGGGAACUCGGAGUCGAACUCGGCCGAGUCAGUGAUCUCAACAAACCUAUGCUUAGCAUCAGGCUGGGAAAAUAGUAACAAUGGGAAUGGGCAACAUAAUAUGAAAAUGCAGUUCAUUGAUUUCCUUGGAGUUGGAGCUUCUUAAAAUAAAAACCAUCAAUUUACUAUAAUCUCCCUGCUCCUCAAACAUUCACAACAAACCCUUUUUUUUUUCUCUCCCUAUCUUUCCUUUAUAAAAAGCAGAGUUGUCUAAAUGUAAACAAAAACAAACCCCAUUUUUUUCUCUCUCUAUAAUGUGUACAGUGAGUAAUGGAGGAGAGAGAGAGAGAAAAGAAAAACUCAGAAAGAACAGUGGUUUUUUAUAUUUUUUUUGUUUGGGGUCAGAAAAACUAGGUGGAAAGAAAGGACUUGUCAAAGGGAGAAGCUGUUGGUGGUGGGGGUGUGUUUGUAUUCUACUGCUGAGAGGCAAAUGCCAAAAAGAUAUUAAGGGAAAAAAAUUAAGAAUUUUGGAGUUUUUUCUGGUGGGGUCAUUGGAAAAAAAAUAUUUUUUUCAUUCCUAAAUUUUCCUGAUAAUAACAAU